GGAAAAUAUUUCGCGAUGCGCCAAAAGAAAAUGGAUCGAAUGUCGCUGAUGGCAUCAGUCUUAUGCGCCAUGUUAAGGACAACAUCGAAGCUAGACAAUUUACCAGGGGAGUAUGCAAGAAUGGCUGUCACUGGAAACAGAGCACGAGUACACACUAGUAUGCCGCUCAGCAACGUUCCAGAUGUGGACAUCGAUCCCUCCGGAGUUUUUAAAUAUAUACUGAUCAGGUGCACGGAUAACUCAUCAAAAAAUGAGAAGUAUAUAGUUCGCGGGUAUGGAAGACACACUUUUCACAAUGGUAUCAUGAGAGAAACUCGUGAUGCUAUUGGUUCGGAAUGUAAAUUGAAAUGCGUUGGAGGUGGCAGGAUCAAACAUGAAGACGCUGCAAAGUUGAUAUUAGUUUACGGCUACUCUCACGCUUACGGUAGGGCGGAUCACUCCAUCACUGUUGACAUCUUGAAAAAACACUAUCCCGAUUACCACAUCAGCUAUUCAAAUGAAGGUUACUAGUAGAUAUCCACAUUCUCGUUUUGUAGCUAUUAGACACCAUCAUCGUGUUGUUUGCGAAAUUAUCUUUGUUAGUAUUAUCGGAACAGAUAUUUUAUAUUAUUUGCAAAAUUAUCAUUGUUAAUAUUAUCGGAAUGGAUAAUUCAUAACCGGUGUUUCACAUGUGAUUUGUAGAUGAUGAUCCUAAUUCCCUAAUUUAAGUACCCUAAUUUCACGCGUAUAAGAUCCACCUUUUUCGGUUUCUCAAGCAUGCCGCCAAGCCGCCUCGUUGCGUUUCGGAAAA